GACUAGGAAAACGAGUUGCCUCUGGGAGGAGGAUAGGGUUUCAAGGUUAGAUCUGAGCUACAGAGGGCACGGCGGCGCCAUGGCGACGCAGCAGAAGCUGAUGAAUACUGGAGUAUACGGGCAAGAAAGAUUCCUUGCUUUAUUAGAAAGUGCGAAUAAUGGGGAGCUGUUCUACGGCGAUGAGCUGAGUGCUCUGGAAACAGUAAAUGAAGGAAGCGAGUCACAUAUGUAUUCAGGUUCAGAGCAGAUGCUGUCAAAUGUUCACGCAUGGCAAAACAAUGGUAGUGACGCUGUGAAAGAGUCAGAUUUGGCUGAGCCUGAGGGUCUCCAGCUUAUCAGUGGGUUGAUUGAGCCUACUGAAGCAGACAAGGGCAGCAAAGAAUGUAUGCAAAUUUCAGACACCGGUGGAGCAGAGCAGGUUUCUGAAAGUGAUACUAGUUGGGUUAGAAGGCAUAGGCGAGGAGCAAUGCCUGAUGAGAGAACUAUACAAGCAGAGAGGGUUACAGCACUUGAAAGUGCAAUUAGGGGGUUUGCUGGAAGGAAAACUGAUUCAGUGAUUACACCAAAGCUAGGAUUGAGUUAUGAUUCGUUGACAAAAGAUUACGACUUUUACAACCUUUAUUCUUGGGAAUGUGGCUUUGGCAUACGUUACGGGAAGAGCGGAAAUAAUGUGAAAGGAGCGAGGUGUAUGCAGGAGUUUGUUUGUUGUUGUUCGGGGAAACCAAAUAAGGAGAACAACAGUUCAUGCAGAACAAAAUGGCAUGCAAUGGUGAGUGUCGGUGUCAAAACCGGCGGAUCUCGGGUAGGGGGUCCCGAACUGUGCUUCUAGCCCGGAUGGUAAUAGGAGGAAGGGGACACGAUGUUUUACCCAGGUUCGGUCCCU